AUGACCCAACAAGCGAAGCCUCUCUCCUACAUGGAGAAGCUCUCCAACGAAGUCUUUGUCUACCGCCCUUCCGAACCCACGGCGCCGAACUCUCCGAAGAUCAUCAUCAUCGCCAGCUGGACCAACGCGCUUGACAGCCACAUUGCCAAAUAUGUCGAUAAACACAAGAAGCUAUACCCAACUUCUCAACUUGUUCUCGUGAAAAGCUACAACAAUAACUUUUUCGACCCGAAAGUCCUUGCUGAAUCGGUGAAGCCAGCGGUGCCAGUUAUCAGAGCCUCAUUCCCAGACGCCCCGUUAUCAGCGGCUGAGCCGGGAAUCAUGAUCCAUCUCUUUUCUAAUGGCGGUUCAUCGAACAUUUCGUCGUUAUAUGAUGUUUAUGCUGCGACUGCUCAAGAAGGCGAAGAUCCCUGGCUUCCGCCUCACGUAACAGUCUUUGACUCAGCACCAGGUGCCCAGCGUCUCACCAACACAGCUGCCUUCUUCAAGUCUACUAUUCCAAAGUCAUAUCGCUUGAUAUGUAUGCCGAUUGUCUAUUUCUUUGCAGCUGCAUGGCAGUUCACCAAGUUUCUUGGACUUACGAAAGACUGGCUGGCGUUCUGGGGCUCAACGCAUAAUACCGCUCAGGGCAAGAGGGAGCGCGAGAUUCGACGAACGUAUAUUUAUAGCGAGGAGGAUGAGUUGAUCAAUUUUAAAGAUCUUGAGGCGCAAGCUACUGAGGCGGAGAAGCUGGGCUUUGAUGUUCAUCUGGAGAAGUUUGAUGGGUCUCUUCAUGUUGCACAUGCGAGAAAGGACGAGGCGAGAUAUUGGAGCGCUGUCCAGAAGACUUGGAGUGGUUUUGAGUAG